CAUGAUGUGUCAUGAUUCUGAAGUUUAGUGACGUCAUAUUGUUUUUCUGUCAUGUCGUUUUAAUGGUGAAAAGUUUUUUUUCUGAUAAAAUUUACUCAUUUUAAUCAUAAUUCAUAGUAUAAAUUAUUGAAAGUGACAAAGCACAAUGGAUGUUGAUAAUGGAUCAUCUGAUGGAGGAGUUGGAGGAUCGCUUGAUAUUGAGCAGUCACUUUUACAGCAAUUUAGUUGUAUGGGGACAACCGAUAAAGAUGAACUUGUGUCUCAACUACAAAAACUUCUAGGAAGUCCUAGCCAUCUAAAUAAUUCGACCGCUGCGUUUUUCUUGGAUAUGAAUAACUGGAAUUUACAAGCUGCUAUUUGUUCGUAUUUAGAUAUAGAGUCGCCCAACACUUUGCCAUCAAUGGCAUUAGUAUCUGAUCCGGUUGCAACAGAAACAGAGAGUAUAGAACCAGAUACAAGAUUUCAGAAGUCGUGGCAUAUAUGUAAUAACGGUCUUGAACAAUGGCCUGCUGGAUGUUACAUUCAAUUUUCCGAUGGCAAUGAUUUCGGUGGUAAUAGGAUACAGCUACCUGCUUUAAACCCUGCCGAAGGAACACAUCUUUGUGUAGAAAUGACUAGUCCAUCUGUUCCCGGCAUUUAUCAAAGUAAAUGGAGGGCAUGUACUCCAAGUGGUUCAUAUUUUGGAGAUCCGAUGUGGGUUAUUUUGACUGUUGUGGAACAGGGUACUAUCGAACUGACUGAACAAUUGUCUCAUUUUAACGAGCUAGGAGCAAUUCCUCCCUUAGCGCCUCAAGUACCCAAUCCCUUUAUUCGACAGACUUUGCAUCAUAGGGACAGCAGCACGGAUAAUGCACCACCUGAUGAAAUGUACCACUAACAUUAGACUGUCUAAUGAAUCAAUGGAAGCAAUUGGAUGAGUGAAAUUAGGUGUGUGAGUAGGAACAACCAAUUUGGGACAAAUUUUUACUGGGUUAUAAAUUUUUAAAACGUGCCAAAAGUUCUUAAUUUCUAAACACUUGAAUAGGAAUAAACAAACAGUAACUUCACUUUUAUAUUUAUUUAAUAUGUACGUGUAUUAUUUUUAUUACAAAAAAUUGUCCUGUUAUUUAACUAAAUACUUAUUUGUAUGUUUAUCAAAAUAUUUCCCAUUUUUUCCAGAACUAAUGUUUUUUUUUGAAACCCAUCUUUUUAUCUUGUAAAUAAUAAAAUAUUUAACUGAGACUUCCUGUGAAUUAAAUAAGUGAUUAGAUUGGCCUGACAUGUUUUGACACACUUAAAACGAUAGUUUUUAGGAUCAUUUGUAAGUUAGUGAAUAUUUAACAAAAAAUAACGUUUUUUGCAUUUUUGGACAAUUAUUUAAUUGCACUGGGUGUUUACAUAUUAUUAUAUCCUUUAGCAUUAUUAGAAAACAGCGACAAAGCUUCCAUUGAUGCGGGUGAUGCGUCGCAUCCCUUCAAAAUUUGCUUAUUAUACAUGAGUUUAUGAAAUAAUAAUAAUAUUCAUUAUUCACUAGUGACAACAACGAGCUUUCCGGUCACGAUUACGUCUCCCGUUCGCUGUUUUAGUCGAUGGGUGAUGCGGUUUCAUAAACACAUCUCAUUCGUAGUAUAAGAUAAAAAAUAUCGUCGCGCGUCACGAUAAACGAUUCGAUAGUAGAGAUGGUAUGCAUGCUUCUCCUACAAUUGAAGGAAAUGUCAUGUAAUAAAAGUUUUGGCAAAUAUGUAUACUCGAAGAAUUGAUCUUAAGUUUAAAUUUUAAAAUCUAAAGGUGCGUAUUCACUUGCAACAAAACACUCCGAACAAACCAAACGCGCCGCGCACUCCAAACAAUCUGCAACAAAACAUUUUCCGGGAGCGCUCUGAACGACCUGCAACAAAACAUUUUGCGCGGAGCGUUCCGCCUGUUUGCGGUGUUCGCUGCGUUCCCACCAGUAAUCAGUGUGUGAAUCAGUGUUAGUGUGUUUGUCGAUAAGGAUGCACCUGAUAUUACCAUAGCGGCUGGUGCUUUUUUAAUUAUAGAGGCAUUAGCGGGUAACAAAAAAGAGAAAAAAAGGAAAGGACGAAAAACGUGGGCAAGACGCCUCUUUUAGCGCCGUCAAUGGCCUUGCUUAGUGACCUAGAUUAUAUGCAUAAGAAGAAUUUAAUUAAUUUAAUAAUUAAUUAUUAAUUUAGUAAAAUAGGCCACCAUUCAAACUCAUCAAUUAACUUUAAACACUUUUCUCUGUUCCACUCCAUAGCUAGGUACAGUUUAAAAACAACCCAAACACAACGAACGUUCAAAACUGCCGUAUCCACUGAACACCGGCCAACGAACAAAUUCUUUUGAGCAAAUCCCGUUUACCGACAAGCUGCGGAAAAUGUUUGACGCGGUUCGGUGUUCGGUUCGGCGCAACGUACUGACUACACAAACUUUAUACAGCGCGCGCGGCGCCUUUGGUUCGUUCGGAGUGUUUUGUUGCAAGUGAAUACCCACCUUGACAUAUACGUUCGCAGCUUUGUUUUUUUAUCUAAAUUUAAUUCUUUUUUCAAAUUGGUUUGAUUGUUUUUUUAACUCGUAACAUUUUUUUGUAUAAUUUACUUUUGUAACUUCAAAAUUAAAAUAUUACAUAUCCUUGUAUUGACGCCGCUGUU